UAUACAUAUAUGUACAUAUUAGUCUUGUCGUCAAACAAAGAGUAUUCAUAAUUCUUUUAUUCCUUUUCUUUCAUAUUUCCUAAUGUUUGCGUUUUAAUACGAGAAAUUGCAACAGAAAAUUUUAUUUUCAAUGGACAUUAUAAUAACUUGUUAUUAAUUUUCCCAUUUUCGAAAAGUGUCUACAAAAUAAUAUUUUGUUUAAGGCACUCAGUCUUGUUCACUCGGCCUUUUGCGUCUCACGCUGAAUUAAAUCAACAAAUAAACGUGUGUCAGGGAUAAAUUAUUUUAUAUAUAGCACUCUUAUACCUAUAUAUAUAAAACUCAGAAAUAUAUGCCAAUAUACAACAUGCAAACAUAUUUUUGUAAGAAUUUGUAAAAAUAUUAUGGUAGCAACAAAAGCGCUCGCAGAAUUUGUCUAUUCGAACUUCUUUUUUUUUAUUUGUAUAUUUUGUGAUUUACCUACGCAUUCAAGAAAAUAUUGUAUGCUUUGAUUUAAAUGUGCAAAUGAAUUUGAUAAAUUUGGCUAAAUAGUGCUCGAUUCUGUAUAUGAUGAUGUACUCUUACUUUUCUUAUAUAAAAAAAAAUAGUGCAAUCUAAGUAAUUUCAACAUAAAAUUAGUAAUCAAUUUCCAAAGAUAUUAGCUCAUUAAGAUCAUAAUGUAAACCUGUAGGAUAAAAAUUUUCAACAAUACUGUUUUGCGAAAAAAGGAAAAAACGUAAGUCACCACAUACUGAAAAAACACAUUUUCAAUUGUUUUUAUGAAAUUAAUUUUUGUCAACGCCCAUCAAUUACAAGAUCAAUAGAAAACCAGGGAAAAAACCAUGUAAAUAUGACAUAAUUAGGAUAAAUUUAGAUGUUGCUCGUGAAAAAAGAGAUGCUUUAUUUAAUAUACGAAAAAUCAAUUAUUCAGUGUGUUUCUUUAUUUUUCCGGCUAAGGAGUAGAAUAGACGGGCGAGACAAAAUAGUUUAUCCAGAAUAUCCAGGCUGUAAUAAAUAAAGAAACAGAACUUGAAUGAGAAGAAUAUGAAUCAGGUGUUCAUUCAUUUAAAUGUGUUUUUUUUUAAAGAAUAUUUAACUCGCCAAUGCUUUAGUUGUAAAAUAUUGUAUUUUCAAAAAUUAAAUACAGUCGUUGGCAUAAUUAUCUUUAUUAAGUAUGUUAUGGUGAAUCUCAUGGUGGUCAAAAGUUGGUAAUACCUCUAAAGAUGGCCAAAAAUGGUGAUUAAAUUUUAUAGGUCGGAACAUAAAUUAUCAUAUAAGUUUUUCUUUAAACAAUGCAAAAAGUGACUUAGUCCACUUUCAUAAUCAUGGGCACAUAUAUCUGUUAUACAGUAUAAAACCUUGUAUACCAAAAGGUUAAGAAGACAAAAAUGGAAAGUUGAAUGAACCUUCAUUUUUACAGUUUGUUAUCAAUUUUUAUUUGAAAUGAGAUCUUAGAAGUAAUGAUCUCUCCAUGAACCCACCCUUAGAACACAUCAAACGUGACGUUUCUCCAUGACUUCUCCUGUAUAUUUUUUGUUGGAAAAGCCCCGAUUGUCCGUUUCUCUUCUCUCUAUGGACUUAGAGAAAAAUCGUCUUAAUAUUAAUUUUUAUAGUUCAGAUAUGAUAUAAUUUAUAAGUUUUAUUCAUUUAAAUCUUAGGUAUAAGUAGAAUAGUUGCAUGUAAUUGUAUUUAAUUAAAUUUGAUAGGGCGUGUUUGUAGUUUGUGUAUGAAAAGUAUGUUUGUUUUGUGAUUGUUACCAUUAACUAUUUGUUUUUCUAAUAUUAAUGUACUCUUGACUUUAUUUGUUUUAUUUAUUUUUUUUGUAUGUAGGUACAUUGAACAAAAAUAUAUAUAUGUAAUAAAGUAAAUAUAAGUACUCACGUUUUGUUUUGUUUACUUGGUUGAUCUGAUUCUUGAGCCUCCUUUGCGGUGAAGUUUGUGCACAAAUUCCAGUUUUUUCGGUUCUGCCCUCAGUUCUUUUGUUUUGAGAAUUUGGAAUUUAAAUUUAAAUAUAUGUUUUUUGGUUUCUAAGCCACUUGAUUAAUUAUAUACAUAUGUAUAGAUAACCUUAUGUUUUUUAUUUUUUACUUAAUAUUUUUUUUCUUUUGGCAAAUGGGAACUUUUACUUUAAAUACACUUCUUUCUAAACAACCUUUACUACAAUUUACUAAAUUUAAUUUCUUUUUUGUGAGUAAUUUCUUUCAAAAUUUUAUAGCAUGUAAUGAGAAAAAAAAAAAACACUGGUUAAAUGGCUCGCUUAUUCGUUUUUAUAUUGAGGAACCUUGAAAUCGAUGUUCGCCUGAUCAGGUUAUGUCGCCUCGAAGUUUUUGGUGUAUUACGUUAUAUUGGUUUGCACAAAAUUACUUUGUGAAUUACAUACAAUUUGGGUUUUAUCUCGUGUAUGGCUUAAAACUCGUCGAAGUGGAUGCCCUCGGGAAUUAUUUUCAAGAUUAUCGAUCUGUGGAACAAAUUUUAAAUUCCUAUUUCUAUUGGGUCAUCCACUUUAGAUUACAGCUAGGAAUUAAGAAUUUGUCAUGACUUAAGAUUUUAUAAAAAAAAAAUAAAAAAACAUUAGGGUCAAUGUGGGUAAAUGUAAACAAUUUCAUGUCUUUUUUUCUUUUGACUUUAGAUUUUAAUAAGUUUUUAUGGAACAACUUGAAUGGUAUCUUCGUCAAAUAUAAAAUAAUGGCAGUUCUUUUUUAUAAAUAUAUAAACAAAUAUUUCCCAUAUUGUUUUAAUUACUGUCAAAUAUGGCAUGUUUACAAAUACCCCACCAUUUUUGUGUUUUUUUUUUACAAAUUCGGGGUAGAUUUAAAAAUGGUUUAAAAUUUAGAUUUUCCUCUUUAUCAUAUGGAUAACGACUUAAAAAACGUUCAAGAAGGUAUUUGACAAAAACUUUUUCAAAUUUUAAUAAAAGUUUUUGUUUUCUUCCUUUGAUUCUUUAUAUAGGCACUCAAUAUGCAUCCUGAGCAGCUCUGAACGUCAUAUAUAUUUUUUUUAAAAGAUACAUGCGUCCACGAUUUUUACUAAUGUAUGCGUCAAAGACAUUUAACUGAAGCUUGUUAUGAGCCAUGUUCUCAUUUACCCCUGUUUACAUUGAGCCUAAUUGAUUAAAAUUACCUUUGUUUUUAUACUACAACGAGUAGGCUAUUGAUCGAUAAAUUCGAUCGAUCACUUCAUUUGAUUCGAUUUCUAAUAUAUUUGCACUCGAUUUUAUGAUUAAAAUUUGCGUUAAAAAGUUUCAUUAGGUUCUUAAUCUCUAAAAAAUUUAAUCAACAGAAAUGCAUAAUCAAUUUAGAUUUAAAUUGACGCUUAGGAAAUUUUCCACUCUACUUACAAAAGGUAUUGCACUGCCAACCAGCUCGGAAGAAGAUCGAAUUAAAAAAGAAUGUGACGAUGAUGCUUUCGCAUAUCCUAUGUAGUAUCUUCGAUGUUUGAUUUGUUCGAAAUUGACUGAACUGAUUUUUAUAUCAUAUGGCAGACAAUUUUUUGCAAGAAGUGUACACAUUUCCUUUUUCGGACUUUAAUUUCUUGUACGUUAUUUUUAAAUCUGAGCUACUUUUGUAUGAAGUCAGUUUUUAAUGAAAAAUUUAGAUGAUGAAACUAUAAAUUUGGUUCUGGUAAAACUAUGGGCACGCUACAACAUAAACUAGUUUAAGGUCGCAAUAAUACUCUUAGAAAAAAGACUAUUAACACGUGGCGAAAAAUCGUUUUGGAUUCAGUAUUUUCUGUUUUUGUCAGCUGUAAAGUAAUGACCCCGCCGUAAAAAAAACCAUAUUAAAAUGAACUUAAGAUUAAUGCCAGUAUUAUAUUAAAGUCCAAUUUUUAGAAGGACACUGCCCCGUUUCUCACAAAUUAUGGAUAAAAACGUGGAGAGAAAGCCAAAGUUUAAAAAAACUAUAUUGGCAAUCUUGUUUGCAAAUCCUCUUAUUUUUGCCUUCUUCAGUUGUUAUAUUAGGAACGUUGGAAUUGUUGUCGAUCAUUUGAGAAGGAACAGGUGGUUGAGCUUAAACAGUGGCGAUCUCCUCGAUUUUGUCCGUUUGUAGAUCUUCAUAAACAUUUUCAUCGGACUCAUAAAAAAAAGGGAUUUUUUCGGGUGGAAUGAGGUUCGAGUUCCUGAUAGGGCUGAAAUGUAUUUCGGAAAAAUUCUUGCUGUAAAACAGGCUGGCUUUAAUAUUUUAGAUCAAAAAAGAAAAUAUGGCUUCCACAUAUUAAUAUUUGAAUAUUGCGAGACCCGAACUGAUAUUAGAAUCAGGUAUAAAACUUCAUCUAUAACAAAACUUAUGCCGACCAAUGCUAUUAUUGUAGACAAUAAGAAUUUUCUUCUCUUUUUUCAGAGUUGGUAAUACCUCUAAAGAUGGCCAAAAAUGGUGAUUAAAUUUUAUAGGUCGGAACAUAAAUUAUCAUAUAAGUUUUUCUUUAAACAAUGCAAAAAGUGACUUAGUCCACUUUCAUAAUCAUGGGCACAUAUAUCUGUUAUACAGUAUAAAACCUUGUAUACCAAAAGGUUAAGAAGACAAAAAUGGAAAGUUGAAUGAACCUUCAUUUUUACAGUUUGUUAUCAAUUUUUAUUUGAAAUGAGAUCUUAGAAGUAAUGAUCUCUCCAUGAACCCACCCUUAGAACACAUCAAACGUGACGUUUCUCCAUGACUUCUCCUGUAUAUUUUUUGUUGGAAAAGCCCCGAUUGUCCGUUUCUCUUCUCUCUAUGGACUUAGAGAAAAAUCGUCUUAAUAUUAAUUUUUAUAGUUCAGAUAUGAUAUAAUUUAUAAGUUUUAUUCAUUUAAAUCUUAGGUAUAAGUAGAAUAGUUGCAUGUAAUUGUAUUUAAUUAAAUUUGAUAGGGCGUGUUUGUAGUUUGUGUAUGAAAAGUAUGUUUGUUUUGUGAUUGUUACCAUUAACUAUUUGUUUUUCUAAUAUUAAUGUACUCUUGACUUUAUUUGUUUUAUUUAUUUUUUUUGUAUGUAGGUACAUUGAACAAAAAUAUAUAUAUGUAAUAAAGUAAAUAUAAGUACUCACGUUUUGUUUUGUUUACUUGGUUGAUCUGAUUCUUGAGCCUCCUUUGCGGUGAAGUUUGUGCACAAAUUCCAGUUUUUUCGGUUCUGCCCUCAGUUCUUUUGUUUUGAGAAUUUGGAAUUUAAAUUUAAAUAUAUGUUUUUUGGUUUCUAAGCCACUUGAUUAAUUAUAUACAUAUGUAUAGAUAACCUUAUGUUUUUUAUUUUUUACUUAAUAUUUUUUUUCUUUUGGCAAAUGGGAACUUUUACUUUAAAUACACUUCUUUCUAAACAACCUUUACUACAAUUUACUAAAUUUAAUUUCUUUUUUGUGAGUAAUUUCUUUCAAAAUUUUAUAGCAUGUAAUGAGAAAAAAAAAAAACACUGGUUAAAUGGCUCGCUUAUUCGUUUUUAUAUUGAGGAACCUUGAAAUCGAUGUUCGCCUGAUCAGGUUAUGUCGCCUCGAAGUUUUUGGUGUAUUACGUUAUAUUGGUUUGCACAAAAUUACUUUGUGAAUUACAUACAAUUUGGGUUUUAUCUCGUGUAUGGCUUAAAACUCGUCGAAGUGGAUGCCCUCGGGAAUUAUUUUCAAGAUUAUCGAUCUGUGGAACAAAUUUUAAAUUCCUAUUUCUAUUGGGUCAUCCACUUUAGAUUACAGCUAGGAAUUAAGAAUUUGUCAUGACUUAAGAUUUUAUAAAAAAAAAAUAAAAAAACAUUAGGGUCAAUGUGGGUAAAUGUAAACAAUUUCAUGUCUUUUUUUCUUUUGACUUUAGAUUUUAAUAAGUUUUUAUGGAACAACUUGAAUGGUAUCUUCGUCAAAUAUAAAAUAAUGGCAGUUCUUUUUUAUAAAUAUAUAAACAAAUAUUUCCCAUAUUGUUUUAAUUACUGUCAAAUAUGGCAUGUUUACAAAUACCCCACCAUUUUUGUGUUUUUUUUUUACAAAUUCGGGGUAGAUUUAAAAAUGGUUUAAAAUUUAGAUUUUCCUCUUUAUCAUAUGGAUAACGACUUAAAAAACGUUCAAGAAGGUAUUUGACAAAAACUUUUUCAAAUUUUAAUAAAAGUUUUUGUUUUCUUCCUUUGAUUCUUUAUAUAGGCACUCAAUAUGCAUCCUGAGCAGCUCUGAACGUCAUAUAUAUUUUUUUUAAAAGAUACAUGCGUCCACGAUUUUUACUAAUGUAUGCGUCAAAGACAUUUAACUGAAGCUUGUUAUGAGCCAUGUUCUCAUUUACCCCUGUUUACAUUGAGCCUAAUUGAUUAAAAUUACCUUUGUUUUUAUACUACAACGAGUAGGCUAUUGAUCGAUAAAUUCGAUCGAUCACUUCAUUUGAUUCGAUUUCUAAUAUAUUUGCACUCGAUUUUAUGAUUAAAAUUUGCGUUAAAAAGUUUCAUUAGGUUCUUAAUCUCUAAAAAAUUUAAUCAACAGAAAUGCAUAAUCAAUUUAGAUUUAAAUUGACGCUUAGGAAAUUUUCCACUCUACUUACAAAAGGUAUUGCACUGCCAACCAGCUCGGAAGAAGAUCGAAUUAAAAAAGAAUGUGACGAUGAUGCUUUCGCAUAUCCUAUGUAGUAUCUUCGAUGUUUGAUUUGUUCGAAAUUGACUGAACUGAUUUUUAUAUCAUAUGGCAGACAAUUUUUUGCAAGAAGUGUACACAUUUCCUUUUUCGGACUUUAAUUUCUUGUACGUUAUUUUUAAAUCUGAGCUACUUUUGUAUGAAGUCAGUUUUUAAUGAAAAAUUUAGAUGAUGAAACUAUAAAUUUGGUUCUGGUAAAACUAUGGGCACGCUACAACAUAAACUAGUUUAAGGUCGCAAUAAUACUCUUAGAAAAAAGACUAUUAACACGUGGCGAAAAAUCGUUUUGGAUUCAGUAUUUUCUGUUUUUGUCAGCUGUAAAGUAAUGACCCCGCCGUAAAAAAAACCAUAUUAAAAUGAACUUAAGAUUAAUGCCAGUAUUAUAUUAAAGUCCAAUUUUUAGAAGGACACUGCCCCGUUUCUCACAAAUUAUGGAUAAAAACGUGGAGAGAAAGCCAAAGUUUAAAAAAACUAUAUUGGCAAUCUUGUUUGCAAAUCCUCUUAUUUUUGCCUUCUUCAGUUGUUAUAUUAGGAACGUUGGAAUUGUUGUCGAUCAUUUGAGAAGGAACAGGUGGUUGAGCUUAAACAGUGGCGAUCUCCUCGAUUUUGUCCGUUUGUAGAUCUUCAUAAACAUUUUCAUCGGACUCAUAAAAAAAAGGGAUUUUUUCGGGUGGAAUGAGGUUCGAGUUCCUGAUAGGGCUGAAAUGUAUUUCGGAAAAAUUCUUGCUGUAAAACAGGCUGGCUUUAAUAUUUUAGAUCAAAAAAGAAAAUAUGGCUUCCACAUAUUAAUAUUUGAAUAUUGCGAGACCCGAACUGAUAUUAGAAUCAGGUAUAAAACUUCAUCUAUAACAAAACUUAUGCCGACCAAUGCUAUUAUUGUAGACAAUAAGAAUUUUCUUCUCUUUUUUCAGAGUUGGUAAUACCUCUAAAGAUGGCCAAAAAUGGUGAUUAAAUUUUAUAGGUCGGAACAUACUUUUAAAUUCUGCAUUGAAAGAGAAAAAUUAUCAUUGACCUCAGAAAGCUCAAAACACGCCUGGAAAAAAAAGUUCAGUAGGUACACUCUUGAUCUGGAAAUACUCAAAUAUUAAGCUGUUGUAAAUGUUUUAUGAAAUGAAUUAAGAAUUCCAAAUAUAGCAGAUGUCAGCCAACACGUUAUAGAAAAUAUACUAACCUGAUCCUGGAAAUUACAAAAUCAAAUAAAAGACUAAAAAAAUCGUUUCUUAUUACAGUACAAUCUUAUCCACAUCAAAUGAUUCAAAUUCUGAAUUAAGAUUAAUAAAAAAAAACAAAUUCUGCGAUUAAUUAACGAUUUCGGGUUUUCUUAAAGCAAUAGAGUUCAUGUGAGAGUAACCGAAUUCAAACAUCAGAAAAUAAAGAUAUGCGUUCUUGUAGUAUUCAAGUAAAAACUGAUCCGACACAUAGAAAGAAAAGCCACAAUUUAUUUGAAAAAGAGAAGUUGAUUUUAGAAAAGGUUUCUCAAAGGCCAACAACUCUAAAGUUAAAGCCAAAUACAGAGUUUCAUUUGAUUCAGGUAAAAAAAAAUAACCUCUCAAAUCAACAUCUAUCUAAAAACAAAACGAGCAAUGGCUUAGUUUCUUCUUCAUUAAGCCCAACAGAACGAAAGAAUGGUAGUUGCAUAAAUAAUUCCACAAAAAUACAAAGCCCAACUAUAAACUCUGACCUCGGAAAAUCAGAAAUUUUUGUGAACGUAUCUCUGUCGCCAAGUUCUCAUCGUAGUCGAAUUGGCGGAACCCAACGUCACCAGGCUGAAAUAAUAGUGCACCCAAAAGUACCAUUCACACGUAACUUUGAAUUGGCAACUAGCAGUAAUCAUAAAAGCUAUACAUCUCUAAAUUUAGUCUUGCGGCAGCCAAGUUCGAACCCUCAAUCUCUCAUUGAUAUAACAGUUGGACCGAACCUAACAUAUUCCAGUUCAUCAUACCAUGCACCGCUUGGGUAUCAGAACAAUUAUCAAAUAUCAUUCACCAAUGAUUUUGGCGUCUUCAGUGCUUUUCGUAUAUCUCCGUUCAGUAAUAAUGGAACAAAUGUUGCGACUGUAGAUACGGGUGCCUGUGAAGAUACUCUAGACGCCAAUUCGCAAGACUACUAUAAUAUUGUAAAAUCCACGAAUGCAUGUGGAAAAAGCGAUGAUUGGUACGACAGUGAAAUCAAAAGUCUUAAAAAUCGCAGAAACAAAUUAUGGUCUACUUAUAAACUAUCUCCAACUGAAAUAAACUUUAAACUUUACUGUGAAUCAAGAGAUAAUUUUAAUAGAAAAUCAAGUUUGAAGUAUCUGAAUUACAUUCAGAAGGUGCAAAGAGAUCUGAAAAUGAAUCCUAAGUGUUUUUGGAACUUUAUUAAUUCCAAAAGAAAAUCAUGUUCAUAUCCGUCUGUUCUCAAACUCAAUGACAUUACAAGUCACGACCCACGGGUUAUAACACAACUGUUUUCUGAUUUCUUUCAAAGUGCUUUCAACUGUGAUACUCCAAUCUGUGAUACUUCAAACUGUUGUGGGGAACGGCACAUAACACGCUAAUAAAUAAAAAAAAAAUAUAAUAUAAAACUUAUAAUAAUAACCACCCUAACAUAAUACUUACCUCCUAAUAAUACAAUAACAACAUAACAAUACUUACCUAAAAAUAAUAUAAUAAUACCUAUAAAAUAAAAUAACCUAAUACUUACCUUAUAAUAAAAUAAUAAUAAUAUAAUAAAACAUACUUACCUAUAAAUAAUAUAAUAUAACCUAUAAAAUAAAAUAACCUGAUACUUACCUUAUAAUAAAACAAAAAAUAAUAUAAUAAAACAUACUUACCUAAAAAUAAUAUAAUUGUACCUAUAAAAUAAAAAUAAAUAAAAUAUAAUAAUAUACUUACCUUUAAUAAAAAUCGACGAUAAAAUAAUACUUACCUUAUAAUACAUACAACAAUUAUAAUACAUGCAACAAUAAUGAUACAAACACCAAUAAUAAUAGAAACAACCAUAAUAACAGUAGCAACAAUUAUAAUACAAAUAUAAACAAUAAUAUAAUAUAAAAUAAUAAAAAUACAUAAUCGACCGACCCGCAGUGUGAAUUUAAUUCGACACAAAAUUAUGCCCAAAAAUAAACAACAACAAAUACACAGCAUUGCAUAGUUUUUCUUUCUCUACGAAGUACCGCUGCCUACCAUGUAUGCUAAGCAUAGCAACGAUGUGCUUGGUAGGGAGGAAAACCAAAUCCAUUGCCACACAGCUUGCGCUUGCAGAAAUUUUAACUGCUAUGUGUAUGGUGUGAUUUCAAGGGCAAGCUAAGUAGAACUUGUUGCCGAAAGAUAGCGGUCCACUAUAAUGGCUGAUCGUGUGCAACGGUUCUACUUAGGCAAAGGCAGAAAAGAAAAAAAGUAUGCAAGUGCGAGCUGAGUGGUGAUGGGCUUUUGUUUGGACAGUUCAUAUUUAUCAUUCAACCGGGGCGGUUCGCGAACUUAAAAGAAAAAAAAAAGUAGUUAAUAAAAACUUAGAUAAAAGUUAGAUAAUAAAAAAUAACUACCUACGAAAAUAAAACCUAUUUUAUUAAAUAAAAUAAAUAAAAACUAAGUGCCUAAACUACAAAAAUAAAGAUAAAAUAUUUUACUUACCUGUCAAUACACACAGUGGGACAAGUGGAAAAAUUAAUUGAACCUAUAAAAGAAAAAACAAGAAAAAGAACCAAAAAAAGAAAAAAAAAAAAACAUUACAAAAAAAAAGGAAACAAGUAAAUAAAAAAUUGGGAAACAAAUCUAAAACAAAAAAAAAUCCAAUUA